UUUAGUAAUUUUAUGUUAUUGUGUUGUUUAAAUCAGGAGCUGGAGGCCAAAGUCAUCACUCUGUUGAAGAAUGAGCUGAACAGGUUCAAGAAGCUACUGAGUGCUGAUUCCCCAGCAUGCUCUGAAGAGGAGGAGGAGGAGGAUCUGCACUGUUUCAGAGAGGGUGUGCUGAAGAUCACACUGCACAUCCUGAAGAACAUGAAGCAGAAAGAUCUCGCUCACACACUGCAGAUCAAGCUGGCCUAUGUGUAUCAGCGAAAGCUCAAAUCCAGACUUCUAGAUAAAUGUAAAAGAAUUAAUGAAGGAAUCUCACAGCAUGGGACAUUAACACUUCUGAAUCAGAUCUACACAGAGCUCUACGUCACAGAGGGUGGGAGUGGAGACGUCAAUAAUGAACAUGAGGUGAGACAGAUUGAGACAGCGUCCAGGAGACCAGCAGCAGAGGAGACACACAUCAAACGUAAUGAUCUCUUUAAAGACAAGUCCAUCAGAAGUGUGCUGACUAAAGGAGUAGCUGGAAUUGGAAAAACAGUCUCUGUGCAAAAGUUCAUUCUGGACUGGGCUAAAGGGAAAGCGAAUUAGGACGUCAUCUUCAUGUUUCCACUUCCCUUUAGAGAGCUGAAUUUGGUGAAGCAGGAACAUCUCAGUUUGAUGAGCCUUCUUCAUCAGUUUUUCCCUGAAAUUAAGGACUUGGAAGUAAUAGACAGUGAUACCUACAAAGUCCUGUUCAUCUUUGAUGGUCUGGAUGAGUGUCGACUUCCUCUAAAUUUCCAGAAGAAUGAGAUGUUGUGGGAUGUGACAGAGUCAGUCUCAGUGGAUGUGCUGCUGACAAACCUCAUCAAGGGGAAUCUGCUUCCCUCUGCUCUCCUCUGGAUAACCACUCGACCAGCAGCAGCCAAUCAAAUCCCUCCUGAGUGUGUAGACCAGGUAACAGAGGUACGAGGGUUCAAUGAUUCUCAGAAAGAGAAGUACUUCAGGAAGAGGAUCAGGGAUCGGAGCCUGUCCAAUAAAAUCAUCAUACACAUGAAGUCUUCCAGAAGCCUCUACAACAUGUGCCACAUCCCAGUCUUCUGCUGGAUCUCAGCCACUGUUCUAGAGAGAAUGUUGGGUGAAGCAGAGUGUGGAGAGAUCCCCAAGACUCUGACUCAAAUGUUCACACACUUCCUGAUCUUUCAGAUCAAACACAAGGACCAAAAGUACCAUCAGAAAUGUGACCUUGAUCUUCCCCAGACCAGAGAGAGUAUCCUUGCACUGGGAAAACUGGCUUUCCAACAGCUGGAGAAAGGAAGCCUGAUGUUCUAUGAGGAAGACAUGAGAGAGUGUAGCAUUGAUGUCAGAGAAGUGGCAGUGUACUCAGGAGUGUGUACCCAAAUCUUCAGAACAGAGUCUGGACUCCACCUGGGGAAGAUGUUCAGCUUUGUGCAUCUGAGUGUUCAGGAGUUUUUGGCUGCAUUAUAUGCAUUUCUCUGCUUCUUUGACAAAAACCCAACAAAAGAACAAACCACUGUUCUUUCUGGUCUUUUCACCAUAUCAGAAAUGUCUGACUUCCUCAAGAGUGCAGUGGAUCAGGCCUUACAGAGUGACAACAGACACUUGGAUCUUUUCCUCCGCUUCCUUCUGGGCCUCUCAGUGGAGUCUAAUCAGGAGCUCAUUCGAGGUCUGCUGACACACAAAGGAAACAGCUAUAACUGCCAAAAGGACAUAGUUAAGUACAUCAAGUCCAAGUUAGAACACAAUCCACCUCCAGAGAGAUCCAUCAAUCUGUUCUACUGUCUGAACGAGUUACAUGAUGAUUCAUUAGUGAAAGAGAUCCAAAGCUACAUGAGCUCAGGACGUCUCUCUGAAGCUGAACUCUCACCUGCUCAGUGGCCUGCUCUGGUCUUUGUGUUGCUGACAUCAGAGGAGGAUCUGGAAGUGUUUGAGCUACAGAAGUUCAUAAAGUCAGAUGAAUGCUUUAAGAGACUGCUACCAGUUGUCCAGGAAGCCACAAGAGUUUUGCUCAGUGAGUGUAACCUGACAGAGAGAAGCUGCUCGGCUUUAUACACAGUUCUCAGCUCAGAAUCCUCCAAGCUGACUGAGGUGGAUCUGAGCAGGAAUCCUUUAGAGGAUUCAGGAGUGAAGCUGCUUUGUGCUGGACUGAAGAGUCCAAACUGUAAACUGGAGAAACUGAGACUUUCAGACUGCAGUAUAACAGAGGAAGGAUACGCUGCUCUGGCUGAAGCUCUGAAAUCAUCACACCUGAUAGAGCUGGAUCUCAGAGGGAACGACCCUGGAGCAUCAGGAGUGAAGCUGCUCACUGAUUUACUACAGAAUCCACACUGUACACUGGACACACUGAGGCUGCUGAAAAGUGCUGAUGCAGAGAAGGCCUGUGAUUUUCUGACUGAGGUUCUGGGUAAAAACCCCUUACUGCAGAGAGAACUGGAUCUGAGUGGAAAAAUAAAAGGAGAUUCAGGAGUGAAGCAGCUCUCUGCUCUACUGGAGGAUUUACACUGCAGACCUGAGAAACUCAUGCUAAAGAGCUAUGGUGUUACAGAAGAAGGCUGUUCUGCUUUGACUUCAUCUUUUCAUUCUCAUUCUGCACACAUAAGAGAGAUGGAUCUGAGUGAGAAUAAAUGUGGAAACUCUGGAGUGCAGAAGCUUUGUGCACUGCUGCAACAUCAGCCCUGUAACCUGCAGAUACUGAGACUUUCAGACUGCAGUAUAUCAGAGGAAGGAUACGCUGCUCUGGCUGAAGCUCUGAAAUCAUCACACCUGAUAGAGCUGGAUCUCAGAGAGAACGACCCUGGAGCAUUAGGAGUGAAGCUGCUCACUGAUUUACUACAGGAUCCACACUGUAAACUAAUGACACUGAGGUUGUUGAAAAGUGCUGAUGCAGAGGAAGCCUACAAGUGUCUUACUAACAUUUUCAGUGAAAACCCCUUACUGCACACGGAGCUGGAUCUGAGAUACAAGACACCUGAACAUGUCAAAGUGAAGCAUCUCUCGGCUCUGCUGCAGGAUCCACAUUACAGACUGCAGAAACUUACGUAAGGAACAACUAUAAACAUAUAGACCUCUAUUUACAUGCAUUAUUGUAAUUAAUGUGUGUGGAGUGUGUCAUUAACAGAGAGCACAAUGGCCAACCUUAGCGUGUGAAACAUUAUUAGCAAUAUGCUUAUUAAGAGAGUGUGAGCUGCUGUGAAUUGAAGCUUCCAUGUCCGAGUGUACUUCUGUCUGUGCACUCUCAGCAGGAUCACAUGAUCACACUUCACUUUCACUCGCUCCAUAAACUACUUACUGAAGAUGAGAGUUUACAUAGUUUUUCAUUCUCAAUUUUCAAAUACAUUUAUUUUAAGAGCCUUUUUUUGUGGACGAGAGGCCAAUGUGCUGAGAAAAAAUACAUACAUAAAACAUCCAUAUACUGUAUGUGUGGGCGGGGCCUUGGAGUAUGGUAGGAUGUAAGUAUAUCCCUAUUUGGAUGGGAUUAGAUGUACAUGAGGUCCUGGGGUAAUUUCCUUUUUUACAGGAGCUCCUCUGUGACUUUAUUUCCGUCCAGAUCGGCCAUAUCAGUGUUUUUCUCAGAGAAAACUCCAGACUGAAUUACCUACUGUACUGUUUCUCACCAAACUCGGCGCUCAUCUGAUCAUUUUAGUCCAGAUACACAUCUGUGAUUUUCUAUGCAGAUGUCACAUCGUGUUGGAAAUAAAAGCUGUUGGACUGCUGCUACUUGCUGUAUUUAGU